AUGGUGUACCGGUUCCGGCUCCGGCUGCGGCUGCGGCCGCCGCCAGUGGCCCUGCUAGUGGCCUUGCUAGUCGCCACCAUCAGGACUACAGUGGCCCAGUGUCCCUGGCAGCGUGAAGUGCCCGAUCUGCAGAACUCGUGCUUGUGUGCCUACAACCUCGGACAGGAGCUGUCCGUGCAGUGUGAUCAGGUUGACUUUCCCGUGCUGGUGGAAGCCUUAGACAAGUACGCGCGGGCGACACCGCUCGAUCUGCUGUACGUCAACAACUCCACCGUCGAGCAGCUGGAGGGCGGCCUGUUCGCCAACCUGAAGCUCCACAACGUGCAGCUGAGCAGCUGCCGGAUGAAGCGCAUCGACGAGCACGCGUUCCGGGGGCAGGAGGCCGUGCUGAAGAACCUCAACCUGCAGGACAACCUGCUCGAGGAGGUACCGGUGCGGGCGCUCAAGGUCCUGCAGCUGCUCAGUCUGCUCGAUCUCUCGAAGAACCGCAUCCGGGCGAUCCCGAACGAUGCGUUCGGUGGGCUCCGCAAACUCGCGACGCUGAAGCUGAGCGACAACAACGUUACGCUCGCCCCACACGCCUUCCGGGGGCUAGAGGCCAGUCUGAAGAACCUCAACCUGAAGGGCACCAAGCAGAAGCGUGUACCGGAAGCAGUCCGCGGUUUGAAGACGCUCGCGUUCCUGGAUCUCUCGCAGAACGGCAUCCGCGAGCUGCCGGGUGGCACCGGCGUUAAGGCGUUCGAGGGCCUGGACUCGCUGACCGCGCUCAAUCUGGAGCGCAACUUGAUCCAGGCGCUCGGCGAGACGGCCUUCUCGGGCGUCCGCAAGACGCUCAGCUCGCUCAGCCUCCUCAACAACCUGCUGGCGGAGUUCCCGGUCGGUGCGAUCCACUCGCUCCGGGAGCUGCGUGUCCUCGACAUCGGUUUCAACCUGCUGACCGCCCUGCCGGAAACGGCGUUCCGGGGUAACCCGGCCGUGACGCUGCUGGCACUGGACGGCAACCCGCUGCCCACGGUGCCCGAGAAGGCACUGGCCCAUCUGAAUCGCACCCUGCGCGGCCUAUCACUCGGUGGCCGCUUCCUGCACUGCGACUGCAAGCUGCGCUGGGUCGCCGAGUGGAUCCGGAACGGAGACCUCCAGGUUACUUCGCGCGAACGGAAUCCACAAUUCUGUGGGUCACCGAACCGGUUCCGAGACCGAGGCUUCUACUCGAUCCAACCGGAAGAGCUCUCUUGUCCCGAGUCCGAGGUCAGCAUCGAAGGGCCGGUCGGUGUGGUCGACUCGUUGCUACCAAAAACGACCACCGUUCGGACGACGACCACGGGCAUCGUGACGACCGCGCCUCCCGCGACGGCAGGCACCACGAACGCCACCACCGCGCCACCAUCGACCACCCAGCAAGAAGGACUGGCUACCGGCAACGCUUCGGAGAACCCCAGCUCGGCCGCCACCAACGGUACGACGACGCAGACGGCCAUCUCCACCACGGGUAGCAGCAGCACCACCUCGCUCACCACGACACCAGCGACAACGAAGCAAUCGACGACGGUGGCGACGGCGGCCGGUAGCAGUAGCGGUCCCACCACGAAGCCCCCGCCGGCCACGAAGAACUGGCGCACGAACGCGAAUCCCUCGCACAAGCAGCGCCCUCCGCUGGUUCUGGGUUUCCCGCCGCAACGCGGCACGCAGGUCGACGACACGAAGGAGGUGCAGGUGAAGAACGCCUUCAGCUCCCGCCAGGACAGCUCGGUCAUCAUCCAGUGGGACUCGGACACGGCCAACAUCCUUGGCUUCCGGGUGGUUUACAGGCUGUUCGGAGACAAGAACUUCAAGCAGGGUCCCCCGCUGGAGGCAAGUGAGCGCGAGUUCAAGAUCAAGAACGUGCCGUCCGCCGAGUGCAUCAUCGUGUGCGUCGUGUCGCUCGAGGAGAUCAACGUGACGCCGGACACCGUGCCUUACACGCAGUGCCGGGAGGUGCGCACCGUCGCCUCGCAGGCCUCCAACAUGGACAAGAUCACGAUCGCGGCCAGCGCCGCCAUCUGCGGCACCAUCAUCGUCGCCGUGAUCGUCUUCAUCGCCGCCAGCAGGAUUCUUUUCAGAAGACGCUCGAAGAAGCUGCAAUCGCUGUCGCAACAGAAGAGCGCCCUGCCGAUCGCGGGCCUGCCGGUGAACUGCUGCGGCCCGACGCCCAGCCCGAACGGGCCGCUCGGUUCGCUCGCCACCCUGUCCGCGUUCAACUCGCACAAGCAGGACUGGGAUCAAGUGUCGGCGUACAGUGGCCGCUCGAUACCGCGGCCCCGCAUCUAUCCGAUGGAAAACCAAGCGAUUCCGGACGACCUCCGGAGCCACGUGUCCCACUUCUCGGCCGUCGGUGGCGGUGGCCCGAAGGUGGCCAAGGCGCGCUCGAUCGCCGACGGCCAGUCGCACCACAGCUUCUCGAACCACUCGCAGCGCGGCUACCUCGGGUCGGCUUUCCCGAGCAAUUUGGUUAACUCACGACCAGAGCUGAGACAGUCGCGGCAAUCAUUGGCCGCCGCCUCGGAGCGUAUGUCCCGGGCAUCGUACGCCGGUUCGAUCGUGCAUGGCCCAGCGCACAGCAUAGCGUCGAGCACGAGAAGGACCAGGCCCAGGUCGCGCUCCCGUGACCAACUCAGCGCGGCACACAUCCACACGCACCAGCAUCGUCCUGGUAGCCGUUACUCGACGGCCGGCUCGACGCACACCCUGAACAACUACUGCGACACGUCGGACAACUGGACCGAUCACGACAUGGACAUCUACAUGGCGCGAAACCCGACCGCACGCAACGGUGGUAUGGUUCCAUUAUGA